AUGGAGCACCAAGGGCCCAGCGGCGUCAACCAGCUCGGGGGGCUCUUCGUGAACGGCCGCCCACUGCCCGUGUGCAAGAGGCAGAGGAUCGUGGAGCUGGCAGCGCGCGGCAUGCGCACGGCGGCCAUCUCCCGCUGCCUGCAGGUCUCCACGGGCUGUGUCAGCAAGAUCCUGGGCCGCUUCUACCGCACGGGAGCCGUGGGGCCCAAGGCGAUGGGGGGCAGCCGGCCGCGCGCCGCCACCCCGGCCGUGGUGGCCAGGAUCGCGCAGCUCAAGCGGCAGCAGCCGUCGCUCUUCGCCCGCGAGAUCCGCUGCAAGCUGCAGGCCGAGGGCGUCUGCGCCGGCGGCCGCGCGCCCAGCGUCUCCUCCAUCAACCGGGUGCUGAGGAACCUGCAGAGCCGCCUGCAGCUGCUGCCCUUUGCUGGGGAGCCGCUGCUGCCAGGCUGCUGCUCUCCAAACGGACCCGAAGCCGACGUCCCCGCGGGGACCGCGUGCCCGGCGAGGAGCUUGGAGCCGCCGGCGCCGCGGCACCGCGGCAGGACCGUCUUCUCCAGGCAGCAGGCGCGGGAGCUGGAGGAAGAGUUCCGCAGGGGGCAGUACCCGGACACGCGCGCCCGGGAGCGGCUGGCCAGCGCCACACAGCUCCCGGAUGCCACCAUCAGGGUUUGGUUCUCCAACAGAAGAGCCAAGUGGCGCCGCGAGGCCAAGCAGCGGCUGGAGGCCSGGAGYGGAGCUGCCCUGAGCGCUCCYGGGCAGCUCCGUGCCCAGGCGGGGGACGUUCGGGAGCCACCACGAGUGUCCCCGCAGUGA